CACUGCGCCGGUUGCGCAUGCGCUGCCGAGGGCGCCCAGGGUACCGAGUCUCCGUGACUCUUGAGGGCGGGCGAGCGAGCCGGGUUGAGGUGGCGGUGAAGGCGAUUGCUGCCAUGUUGUUCUCUGUUCGUUUUCGGACUGCCUUUCCACGCCUGGUGACAAAUAUUCGCUGCCUUCACACAUCAGCAGAACGCAGGAGUAGUGAUGGAACUUUGUUUGUGCACAGAGAUACUCCUGAAAACAACCCAAAUACCCCAUUUGAUUUCACUCCUGAAAACUAUAAGAGGAUAGAUGGAAUAGUAAAUAAUUACCCAGAAGGACAUAAAUCUUCGGCAGUAAUUCCUGUCCUGGAUUUAGCUCAAAGACAACAUGGAUGGCUACCUAUAUCAGCUAUGAAUAAGAUUGCUGAGAUUCUACAAAUGCCUCCUAUGAGAGUUUAUGAAGUAGCAACAUUUUAUACAAUGUUUAAUCGUAAGCCUGUUGGGAAAUACCAUAUUCAAAUCUGCACUACCACACCUUGCAUGCUUCAAGAUUCAGAUAGUAUAUUAGAAGCCAUUCAGAAGAAGCUUGGUAUAAAAGUUGGGGAAACUACGUCUGAUAAACUUUUCACUCUAACUGAAGUUGAAUGUUUGGGAGCUUGCGUCAAUGCACCAAUGGUACAAAUAAAUGACAACUAUUAUGAAGAUCUGACAACAAAAGACAUUGAAAACAUAAUAGAUGAAUUGAAAGCUGGAAAUGUUCCAAAACCUGGACCAAGAAGUGGACGUUUCUCUUGUGAACCAUCUGGUGGUCUGACUUCUCUGACACAACCACCUAAGGGACCUGGUUUUGGAGUUCGGUCAGAUCUUUAAAACUACUGUUCUAAGUGUAAAAAUCAUUGAAAAAAUAAAUUCUAAAAUAUGAUGUAUUUUAUGUGACAUAUCGGUGGUGCAUAAAAUAAAUGUAAUGGAAAAGAUAGCAUAUUGCUCACUAAUUACAAGAUUUUACUAACAGAAAUGAAGCUCUUUGGCAUCCCACAAUACAGGGUUAAUUGGUACACUGAUGAAGUAGCUAGAAUGCUAUAAAAAUUCUUUGGUGAUAAUGGCACGAAGAGAAUUUUUUAAAAGUGAUUCUUACAAAAGUACUUGUCUACUGUUAAAUGAGAACUGAAGGAAAGGGUAGACCAAUUUUAGUCUUUAAAAAAAGCCUUGCAUUUAUUUCCUAUUACUUCUGAGAGCAUUGCCUUUCCACAAGCUAAUAAAAACUGAACUGGUCUGGGGUCUUAGAAAAGAACUGACAUCAUAAUGA